GGUGUUUCCCCAAUCCAAGAGAGGCAUGCUUUGAACACGCCCCUUCAACACGCCGUUCAUCAUUGCUCGUAUCUUUCCCCAGCCCUUCCUUCCCUUCGCUCGCAUAAACAUGCCACCUAAAUGCGAGCCUCUUUGCUAUUUCGAUGAGCGGUUAUACUUUACCACUUUUCCUCACCCCGCUCCCAAUCCUGGAGUUCUCAAUCGACUGGCUUCCGACCCCUGUUAUCGUCCACGCGUCCGGCCGCGUUCAGUUUAUUCCUCGUCUAGUUCCGACGAGGAUGCGACUUAUUACUAUUUUACAAUCGAUGACCAGCUGCUUUACCUGUCCUUUUUCCAAGACUGGGGGCCUCUGAACAUAGCCAUGGUUUAUAAGGCGUGUAUAUUGAUACACGAACUUCUUCAGGACAAGGAUUUAGAAUCUCACCGACUCGUCUUGUACUCCUCGAGUGAUCCGAAAGGGAAAGCGAAUGCAGCAUUAUUGAUGGCUCUCUAUAUUAUGAUCGUUCAACGGCGAGCACCAUGGGAAGCGUUUAAGCCGAUCGCUGAGAUAGAAUUCAUGCCAUUUCGAGAUGCUGGUCGUGGACCAUCAGACUUCAAUCUCAAUAUUCAAGAUUGUUUAUGGGGGAUAUGGAAAGCGAUGCAAAACGGUUUGUGCGACAUGAAUGAGUUCGACAUCGAGGACUACGAGUUUUACGAAAAAGUAGAGAAUGGGGAUUGGAAUUGGAUUACACCCAACUUUGUUGCCUUUGCGUCGCCAGUGGACCAGAGCUGGAUCAACCAAAGAAAAGACUCCAAUAAUCCUACAACAGGCCGAUCGUCUCUGUCUUCCUCCACUAGCAGCAACCUCGCCUUACAACGCAAACUUCCCACACCUUUUCUUAACUGCUUGGACUACUUUGAAAAACGCAAUAUUCAACUCGUUGUCCGGUUGAACACCGAGUUGUAUGACCGUAAUACGUUCCUAGACCGGGGGAUCAACCAUAUGGAGCUUUACUUCGAUGAUGGAACAAAUCCCACUGACGAGAUUGUCCGUACGUUUUUGGAUGUUGCUGAUCGAGUCGUUGAGGCUGGAGGAGUUGUGGCAGUCCAUUGCAAAGCAGGGCUCGGCCGUACAGGUACUUUGAUUGGAGCCUAUCUCAUCUGGAAGUACGGUUUCACGGCAACUGAAGCGAUUGCAUUCAUGCGAAUCGUUAGACCUGGAAGCGUAGUUGGACCUCAACAACAGUACAUGUAUUUGAAACAACUAGAAUGGGCAAAAUGGGCUGCGGUUGACGAAGCUCGUAAACAACAAGCUGCUGCUGCUGCCGUUCUAAAUCCAGUUCCUGCAUUAGUGACACCUGCUACACCACCAGCAGAUACAGACGAAGAUCUUCCGCUGGUUCCAACGACCCCCACAUCCAAUAGCACUCCUCUCCCCCCGGUGACACCUAGUCGCCAUGUCGCAGCCGCAGCCGCGAAAGCGAAGGCCAUUGCACCACCCGGUCAGCCACGGAAGACGCCGAAUGCCAAACGACCAGCUCAGGACUCAGACGAUGACGAGAAUGAUGAAUCUGACGACAUCCUACCAUCUCUAGGUGUCGCUCCCCCGCGCACUCGAAAUUCGCGAGCGAACGUUAGAGGGCCGCCUACAGGACGUGGAAUCACAGCCUCCGAACAACGCCCCACCCGUGUUACAAGGUCCACCGCUGGUGCGACAGCCAUAAAGAAGAGUGGCGCUGCUGGUGGAGUUGCCUGUUCGUCACCAGUCAAGCAAACUGGUCAACGACCUAACAAAAUCCCUCGGCUCGCCACUACUAGAACAGCUGCUCCCACCGCAGCCAAGGCUACAGUGGAAACCAGGUUGCAGACAGCUGUACCGGGCCCAUCACGCCGACCGAAUCCUCCUCAAGCCCCAACACCAUCCCGACUACCUACACUCAGGAAACAACCUACACAUACGUCUUCGUUGAGUGAAGUCGCUACAAACGCUACUUUAAAGAAGGGAACUGUCACACCCACGUCCGAUGCAUGGAUGACGACGAAUGCAGCAGCGGUUGUCAAGCCUGGAUCGAAAUCUGAGCGACCCGGGCUGAGGAGUGUCAGGCGCAGACGUAGCAGUUUUAGUGCUGCUGACGUUAUCGCAUGAGAGUCGCAUAUUUAUAUCAUUCUUUCUUUGCAUUGUCGUUCUCUGGAUAUCUCAUUCAUCUGAUCGCUUUAUCUCAGUUUUCUUUUAUCGGGACGUUGUACGUGCCAGUUAUAUCAGGUUUCUGUCGUUUUGUUUGACUUGUUUUGUUGCAUUGCACAUAAACCAUCUUCCCCCCACCUUAUCAUCAAAU